CUUCUUUCUCUUUGGUUUUUUGCUUUUCUCUUGCUCUACAGAAAAUCUGGAGCAGCUGGGCCAUUUUAGAAUUUGGAGACCUAAAAGCGAAGGUGUGAGUUUUGGAUUACAGAUGAUGCUGAGAAGGUAGAAGAUAAGAGAGCUACAGUCUCUUGAUGGAUUUGCCAGCCCUCACGGACUGCACAGAAGAACUCAACAGAUCAACCUCAAAGUUUCUUACAACAGAGGCAUAACAGAAAACUUCUCCGAGAAAGAUUGAAUUUUUAUUUUUUUGGGUGAGAGAGAAAGCUCAAAUUUCCAAAGAGAAACAAAAUGGGUGAAAGAGAAAGCAGCUCACUAGUACCAGAAUCAGUUAUGGAUUCUGCGAAGACUACUCUGGCCAACAUAGAACAACUGCAUACUCAUUUGCUUCAGUUCCUCCCGCUUUCUGACCCUGAAGUCCUCGCCGAGAUGCCUCCUCUCCAACGGGCUCAGUCUCUCCUUUUGCUCGCCAAGGCCACUACUCUUCUUUUCUCAUUGAGAUUGAGAUGCAGUGGAAUUGACCCAAGUGAGCAUCACGUCAAGACAGAGCUUGAUAGGUUGAAUUUGUAUCAAGACAAGCUUGAACGGUCUAUAGAUUUGAGUAAAGCACCAUUGCGUCCUUCUACCACCUUAAAUUACCAGGCCGCAACCCGUUUCAUUGAGCAUUCGUUGCCUGAUCUUACCCGUGAACAGAAGAAAAAUAUGAGAGAUAUCAGCAAAGGAGAAGGAUCCAAGAUGAAGUAUUUGGAGAGGAAGAUCCAAAAGAAGAGGAAAUAUGAAUCAUCUAGCAAACAUUCAGUCCAAGUUGCUGCCUUGGAUUUUCUUGAAAAAGCAACACGUGAGCUUCUUGGCGAUAAUACAAGUGGUUUUAAGGGACCGAUACAAAAUGAUGUGUUAGAUGACGACAAUCCGCACAUGGAUUGAUUAUUUUCGCCCCAUAUUGAUCCACGGCAAGGACUGCACCGUGGAGACUGGAUCUACUGGUUCUGUCAUCUGCUUGAGCUGUACCGAUAUUGCUUUUCUUGUUUCUGUGGUACAAGUCUUCAUAGUUUCUAUUAUCAGUAGCAGUGUCUUCUUGGUGUUUGAUGAUAUGAAUAUAUUAGCACACACCAUGGAUGGAGAAUGGAGAGCUCACCGUAGUAGAUUAUUAUGGUCUUUCAUCCUCCAUUAUCACUGUGAAUUAUUUCGGAUUGAAUUAGUCUUUCAUCUGUCUCUAGCAGGAAAAUUUUAAAAAAACAAAAAGGAGAAUUAAGUUAAUUGUUUGCGUCUGUUAUGUUGUAAUCUGUUGUACAGUUGGUUGCGAAUGAUCAAAUAUUUCCUGGGAUUAUCUGUGGAUGAUUGGAUGAAAUGAUUGAAAUUGUUCGGGAUAUGCAGUUGGAUUAAAUCAAGUCACCGGUGUACUUGGCAACCAAACUGUGUAUGCUAUUUGCAGUGUGCACUGAUUUUGUAUUUCUACAGUAACCACAGCUCUAUGAGCACCAAUUGUGGAUGGUUAGCCUUUGGAAAUAGGAUCUUUGUGCCAGAUUGCAGCUUUUUGCCA